AUGGCCCGCCCGUCGACGACAGCGACACCGCCGUCGCCGCCGCAACAGACGCGCCGGACGACGCGCUCUUCUCUUGCGCGUUUCGCGUAUAACGCCCCCUCCUCCUCGUCCACUGCGAACACGAAUGCCGCAACGCAACCUGCAACGGCGGGAGCGAUUCACGAUAUCGUCUUGGGCGUCACCGAUAUCGAAGAUGCGGUCACGAAUGCGAGGGGCCGGAAACGAAGACGCGUGACAAAGGCGGAAGACGCCCAAGACGCAGAGCCCGAGGACGGUAGCACAAACGUCAAGAUCGAACACGUCGAGGACGAAUCCACGACAGCAACACAGCCAUCCCCCGCGAAGCCGCGCAAAGCUGCACGUAAACCGGCCCGCGUAAUCAAGGGCACCAACGCCGCCGAGCCGCGUACCGAGCCGCCCUCGGACUGGGAACAAGUCUACGACGCGGUGAAGCAGAUGCGCCUGCACGGCGCCGCGCGCAACGCCGCCGUCGACACCAUGGGCUGCGAGCGUCUCUUCCAUCCCGACGCCUCGGAGCGCGACCGCCGUUUCCACAUCCUCAUCGCGCUGAUGCUCUCGAGCCAGACAAAAGACACGGUCAACGCGGUGGCCAUGAAGAGGCUGAUGACGGAGCUGCCGCCGCACGAGCCGGGGGCUCCGGGCGGCUUGAACCUGGAGAACGUGCUCGCCGUCGAGCCCGCCUUCUUGAACGAGCUGAUUUGGGCGGUGGGGUUUCACAACAACAAGACCAAAUACAUCAAAGCAGCAGCCGAGAUCCUACGCGACAAGUUCGACAGCGACAUACCCGACACGAUCGAAGGGCUCACCUCCCUGCCCGGCGUGGGGCCCAAGAUGGCCUACCUGUGCCUCUCGGCGGCCUGGGACCGCACCGAGGGCAUCGGCGUGGACGUACACGUGCACCGCAUCACGAACCUAUGGGGCUGGCACAAGACGACACAGCCCGAGGCGACGCGCCUCGCGCUCCAGAGCUGGCUGCCCAAGGACAAGUGGCGCGAGAUCAACUGGCUGCUCGUCGGGUUUGGGCAGACGGUCUGCCUCCCCGUCGGGCGGAAGUGCGGCGAAUGCGAGCUCGGGUUAAGCGGGAUGUGCAAGGCGGCGGAAAGGAAGAAGGUCAACGAGGGGCGCAGGGCGAGGGAGGUCAAGGUUGAGGUGAAGGAGGAGGACGACGGCAGCGUGGUGAUCAAGAAGGAAGAGGUCAUCAAGGAAGAGGAAGUAGUAGAGGAUAGAGUCGUCAACGAGGCUGUAGGGGUGUCGGAGCCUGCGCCGGAGUCCAAGGUGGAAGACAGCAAGCAAUGGCCUGCACGGGAUGCAGCAGAGAAGCCCGCGAGUGCGGCUACGCCGCGGAGAGCGCGAAGGGGAAAGGCGUCAUAA